AUGGCGGCUCCAAACGACAAGGAGCAAGCUGGAUCGACAGCCGCUGAGGAGCUGGCUGCUCUCCAGAAGGAGUUGGAUGUCAUCAAGAUUGAACGGGAUGCCUUCAGCAACCAGAAGGUUACCGCAGAGAAGCAGGUCGACACACUGAAAAGCGAAUUGGCGAAGCUGAAGAAAGGCGACUCGAAAAGGGGGGAAGCCGUGCAGGUGAAGGUGAAGGAUCUGGAGGCAAAGAUGGCAAAGAUGGAGACCGAGACUAAGACUCUGCAAGACAGUGUCGAAGAGCUCCAGGUAGAAAAGAAGUCUUUGGAAACGCAGAAAAGGAUGGCAGAGGCCAAGGCAAGGUCUCAUGACAACAGUGUAAAGCAGCUGGAAGAGCAAGCGCAGUCAUGGAGGAAUGACAAAGCAACCAUGGAAAUGAAGAUCAAGAACCUGCAGACUCAGGUGGAGGACGCGAAAAAGGCACAGACAGCGGCGGACGACGCUCUGAAAGCUGUUGAGAAAUCAAAAGCCACACUGUCACAAGAGCUGAACGUGAAGGACAAGACGAUUGCAGACUUGGAGAACCAGCUGGAAGUGACGAAGAAGGGUGCUGACGAGCUGUCCACCAUUGUUGGGGGUCUCACAAAGAGCAAAGCACAAGUCGAAACUGACCUUGGCCUUGUGACCAAGGAGAGGGAUGCCCUGCAGCACGAGCUUGCAGGUGCAUUUUCCGGCAAGCAGAAUGCAGAUGCCCAAGUCACAAAGUUGACAAAGGAGAAUGAAGAGCUGGCAGAAGAGCUGGCACUGUCACAGGCAGCGAAAGCAAAGAGUAGGGAAAUAUUGCCAGUGGAAUCUGCCAAGAUGUACGACGUGAACAUGCUCUACAUGGUUGGAGCUGCCAGUGGACUUGGGGCAGCUCUGUUCGUGGCCACCUGCAUGGCUUUGAUGAGCCCCAGGAAAUGA